GCAGUUCUACCAACGUUACAACACAGCUAUAGAAAACAUCACGUUACAAGCAUAUAUUUUGUGAGCUCAGGUGACACAAGGUUUUGCGCUGAAGGAAGAUAUUACAAUUUCUGCGACAAGGAAAUGGCUGUAAAACUGCAACUAAGAUGUCUACUGAUAUCGUUUGUACUGUGCAUCGUUUUGUCCAAUAAUUUGGUAAUAUCGGACAGCGAUGAUGAUGUACCGCCUUUGUCAAAAUUGAGUCAGAACGUCGGUGCCCCAACGUUGAAAUUCCUUUACUGUUAUUCCUGCGGCUACCGGAAGGCGUUUGAGGACUAUGUGACUAUCAUCCAGAAGAAGUACCCAUACAUUACUAUUGAGGGAGGCAACUUUGAUGCCCCACCACAUUACAUGUUUAUUACCAAGCUCUUAGGCUUUGCUAAAAUAUUAGUAAUUAUGUGUGUCAUGGCGAAAAUUAAUAUCUUCAAUUAUAUAAACAGACCUGUGCCCAGCUGGUGGACUUGGUGCCUGGAGAACCGCUUCUACACUUGCCUGAUGGUAUACUUCACCUGCAAUUUGAUUGAGGGGCAGUUGCUACAGUCUGGGGCUUUUGAGAUAUCUUUGAAUGAUGUUCCAGUCUGGUCUAAACUUCAAACUGGAAGGAUUCCACAGCCAACUGAAUUAUUCCAAAUUAUUGAUAACUAUCUGAGAUUAACAGAUAGGACUAUAGAUUUAAAUAACAACUUUGCUAAAUAAUUGAACUGAUAUGAAGAAGCCACUAUUACUACAGCUAUUAUUAUUUAUUGAUUUGUGUAUUUUCCCAUAUAUCAUAAAAGUUUAUAGUAUAAAAAGCUGGAUGAAAAACAAUUCUGUUGUCUUUUUUAAUAAAUGUAAAUGUUGUUAUUUUUUUUUAACGAUAAAA